AAAUACAAGCCUAAUUUUUAAAGGCAAAACAUUAGCCUGGUCACCUAUUAGAGGUUUCGAAGUUGUUCCUCUUCACUCUUCAGCGUGCUUCUUUGCUUCUUCUCAUAUCCAUGUCACGCAUAACUACUAUUCCGCAUUUCGUCGAACACUUUCUACCCUGGCCGCUCUGCUCCGCAACCCACCACUCUCCUCGGCCACCGCUCGAUGGAACGCCGCCAUCCGGCGACACCUCGAGUCCGGCCACCCCACGGAGGCCGUCUCCGCCUUCGCCGCCAUGCUCCAGACCAGGGCCCGCCCGGACGCCUUCACGCUUCCGCUCCUCAACCGCGCUGCGGCGGCCCUCCCCGGCUUCGUCGGCGCCGCCCACUGCUUCGGCAUCCGUGCCGGCUUCGCCGGAAACGUCUACUUCUGCAACACGCUGCUGGAGGCCUACACGCGGCACGGGCUGGUUGCGCCCGCGCGCCAGGUGUUCGACGAAAUGCGCGCGCGGGACGUGGUUUCAUGGACCACGCUGGUGUCCGCAUAUGCUGGUGCCUGGGACCCGUUGGAGGUAUCCCAGUUGGUGACGGCUAUGAGGACGAACGGCGACUGCGAGCCCAGUGCAGUGACGCUUUCUGUAAUCCUCCGGGCAUGCACGGCCAUGAGGGACGCUACCUGCGGUAGGCAGUUGCACUGCUACGCGGUGAAAAGCGGGUGGGCUGGUGAUUUCCUAGUUCUCAACUCGAUGUUGACACACUUGAGCCAGACAGCCAGCUUGGAGGAUGCAGCUAUGUUGUUUGAGCAGUCUCCCAGAAGAGACAUGGUUUCGUGGAACAUUAUAAUCUCAGAGUAUUCUUCAGAGGGGAACAUUUCUAAAGUCACUGAUAUGUAUGAAAGGAUGAGGGCAGAGGAAGUGUGUCCAAGCUGUGAGACCUUAACUUCCAUUGUUGCUGCAUUCGCCAAGCACAGGUUUCUUCUGCAAGGCAAGAAGCUGCAUUCCUUUGCAGUUAGAAGUGGCCUCAUGGACACAGUCUUGGUAGGAUCAUUUGUCGAUUUCUAUGCUAAAUGUGGUGAGUUGAUGUCAUCAGUUCAGUUGUUUGAGCAAUUCAAGGGGGGAAGCAGCUGCCUAUGGUCAGCCAUGCUUUGGGCCUUUAUCCACCAUGGAAUGUUCUUAGACGCAAUCCAUCUGUUUGAGAGAAUGAUGGACUCUUUCUGCUUUCCAAGUGCUGACGUGCUGCGAGGACUCGUAAUCUGUUACACUGAAAUUGGUGCUUUAAAGUUUGGUAAAGCAACCCAUGGAUACAUCAUAAGAAAUAACUGUGCUGCAGAAUCUAAGAGUUGUGCCUUGGAGACAUCAAUUGUUAGACUCUAUGCUAAAUGUGGGGACAUUCUUCUGGCAGAAAGAUGCUUUAGAAGAAUCCUUCAUAAAGAUAUAGUCUCAUGGAGUUCAAUGAUCGAAGCAUUCACAAUCCAUGGUCAUGCUCAGAAACUUAUGGAGUUGGAACCUGAUAAUGUUGGCUAUCAUGUGGUGUUCAGUAAUGUCCAUGCUGGAGGAGGUAGAUGGGCUGAAGUGGAGGACAUCAGAAGCUCCAUGAUAGGAAUGAACAUGGAGAAAUCUCCUGCUUGGAGCUAUGUUUCUGACAUUGGUGUCCAUUGAUAUGUGUUUUUUGACAAUGCAUCAAUGGUAUUUCUGUUGAAAAAUUCAUGAUGUUUUGGCCAAUGAAGGACCAAACAUUCUAUUCAAGUUGUUGUUAUCUGUGACUUGGCAUGGAGGUUUGCUCACGGGCUGGACAAGCCACAGGCUGUAACAUACUACCAGUGUGUUGAUGUCUUAAGAAUUGGAAUAAGAGAAACUUCUGAUGUAUUGCAAGAUGAUAGAUUUAUCAUCAGAAGGAAUUAAAUGUGCAUGUCUUAUCAA